AUGCCGGCGCUCAUCAAUGACCUGGCGCUGCCUGCGCCGAGCGCCACACCGCCGAAUCAACCACGACCAUCCUCAUCACGCCAUCUCUCGACUCCUGCGCGCUCGCAGUCGAGGUCGCCCUCGCCCUUUCUGCGCGCCUCUUCCUCAGGGCGCAUGCAGCCACACUCCCCUGCCGAUCCUGGGCCGUCGCGCAGUGCCGGAUCGACGAACAUGACGCCAGCGCUGGGCGACUUUACGCCUAUCAGCAGCAUGGGCAGCCCCGUGCGCCGCGACGAUACGCCACGGGCAUCUGCUCGCGGACGCAGCGGCACAGGAGCUACGCCUGCGGACGAAGAGCUGGCGGCGAUGCUCGGCCGCAGUCCCGCAGCCGCAUCGCUUAAAGCUGCGUCCAGCCGGCCGUCCUCGCGCAACCCAUCUCCAUCCCGCCCGCCGCACCCUUCCAAACGCUCCUCGCUCCCGGCCGCUUCCGUCCUCGGCGGCAUUGGACUUGGGCUCGACUCUGGCCCGCGACCCACGUCAGCACGCAAAGAGUCCUCGCGGCGUGGACCUGCUGCCACGCCGGCUGCUGCGUCUGAUCCCAGCGGAUCACCCGCCACCCCGACUGGCACGCCGGCUCCGCGUGCGCCUCAGCAAGCCAGCGACUCAACACCCCGGCAAGGCGCCGCCGCUACUGCAGCACGGCCUGCGAUGCCUCGUCAGCGCACCGAAGCCGACGAGCGCGCACGCGCAGCUGCGCGCGAGGCGGAGCGCUUGGACUGGGAGCGCACGCGCGGCGCGGGCAGCGAUGUCAUGAAGCUCAAGGAGGAGGGCGGCGAGCGCGAGGGCGAGUGGCAGGAGUCGGACGUGCUGCCGACGCUGGAGCAGUGCGAGAGCUACCGCAGCGAGCCGGUCGAGGUACCCAGCGCAGACGUCUUGCUGUCGUGCGGCGUGUCGGACUACACGGUGCUGCCGCGCAUCCUCGGGCGUGGCAAGUUCUCCACCGUGUUCAUGGCAUCCAAGAACGGCGAGCUCUCGGCAAUCAAGCACACGGCGCUGUUCCCGCACCACCAGCUCAUCUCGACGCGCCUGCUGCGCGAGCCGACGCUGCUGGCCGAGCUGCCGCCGCACCCGAACCUCGUCGCCGUGCAGGAGACUGUGCGCACGCCCGGCCACUUCUACCUCGUCGAGGAGUACCUCGGCGGCUAUGUCACGCUCGAGGCGCUCGUCGGCCAGCUCAGCCAGGCACCGGCCGAUGCGCCUGCAACGCUGCCGUUCGAUGUGGCCUCGUGCGUGCUCGACCAGCUCAUCAGCGCGGUGCAGGCGAUCCACGUGCCGCUGCAGAUCUGCCACCGCGACAUCAAGCCCGAGAAUAUCCUCGUGCACCCCGACUCGCUGCAGCUCAAGCUCCUCGACUUUGGCCUGGCGACGCACUACAGCAAGAGCGAGCCGAAGCUGAGCACGUGCUGCGGCAGCCCAGCCUUCCACUGUCCUGAGAUCGUGCGCGCGCUGGCGAGCCCGCCCGGCGCAGUGUCGUACUGGGGCCCCGAGGUCGAUGCCUGGACGGUCGGCGUCACGAUGCUGCGCUGCCUGACCGGCGCUCGCUUCCCUCUCGGCUCUUCGCACUCGAGUCUCCGGAGCAUGGCCAUUCGUGCGCAGCGCGCGGUGGCGACCAUUGCGGACCCUGCGCUGCGCGAGCGUGUCGGCGCACUGCUCGACAUGGACGGCACACGGCGCAUGCGCCGCUUCAGCGAGAUGGCCGCAGCCAACGAGACGCAGCACGGCGAGGCCAACCGCGGCAACAAGGCGUUCAAGAGCACGACGUUCAUUCCCGUCGAGCCGACGCACACGAUGAAGCUGCCUGUCCUCGUUGGGCCUGCUGCCGAGCGCGCAGUCGUAUCGCCGGGCGCGAUGACACCAGGUCAGAGCCGCCAUGCGACGCCGCAGGGCUCACGCGCCGGCAGCCCGAUUGCGACGCCACGUCCCGAGCCCUACACGGAGCCGUCGUCACCGGGUGCUCCGGCGCCGAUCGUGCUGCUCAACCCGACGAUGCAGCCGCCGCAGCGCCUGCUCAGCUUCAUGAAGUACUGCUUCCGCUGCGCAGGCAUCCUUUACCACGCCUGGCCCGAUCCGCCAGUCGGCGGCGGCGACGGGUACUGGCAGAGAGCGCUGUCUGAGUCGGUGGGCGAGCUGCCACUCGCGUCGCCCACGACGCCGCUCUUCCCAGUCUUUGGCACCGCAGAGCGGCCCGACGGAUACGCGCAUGUGCACAUCUUCGAGUGCGUCAUCGAGUUGCCGGAGGAGCAGCCGCCGGAGGAGAGCGGCUUCAGCCUCGUGCAGAGCAUCAUGGCUGCCUUUGGACGGCGGCCCACGAACAAGCGCAGCCUGUCGACGCCGGCCAAGCCGCGCGUGACGGAGCGGGAUGCUGCGAAGGCGCCGGGUACGCCCACUGCGGCGCGUGCGACACCCGGAGCCAGCGGCAAGGAAGGCGAGAUUCGUUGCUUGCGCUUCUAUGUCAUCGCCCGCUUUCCGAAGCUGCCGUCCGGCGGCAUGGGCGCUGUCAGCCGGCCGCCCUUUUCGCGCCAGGCGUCGCAGGCCACCUUUGGGCGCCGCUCUCGUGCGAGCUCCGCUGCGGGCUCUGCUGCUGCGGCCGGCGGGCUGCCGAGCGCGCCGGCCUCUGGCAACUCGAGUGGAACCGAGUCGCCGACGGCACGCAAGGUCAGCCUAGACGUCGAUGACGCCGGACACCCGCGCGACGGCACGCCUAGAGGCACGCGCGAUGCGACGCCCAAGGGCGUGCGCGACGGGUCAAGGGCGCGGAGCGGCAUCCUGCGAUCCGUUUCGUCUCCGCAUCUACUUCCUGCAGACGCCGAGCUGAGCAUCGAGACGCAAGUGGCGCUGCCUCCGGCAACUGGCCGCUCGCCGUCAUCGUCGCGCGCUGCUUCCCGCACUCGCAAGGCCAGCCGCGCGUCGCGAUCCCGCAAGUCCAAGGUCUUCAUCCAGGUCACCGACGAGCGCGCCGUGGAGUUUGUGCGCAAGGCGCUCAGCGUCGGCGGCACGAGCGAGACUUCGGACGCCGACGAGCCAGACGAGCUCGCUUCGCUGCUGCGCGAGGCCGGCGAGCCAGGCAACCCACAGCGCAGCGACCAGACGCGCCGACGGCCGGGCGCCGCGAACCGCUCGCGCAGCAGAGCCUCCAUCGCCACUCUGACGAGUCAGGAUCCCGCGACGCCAACGGCGUCCAGGCCCGGGACGGUGCGCUCGCCCAGCCUCGCCGGCUUUCCCUUUCCCACGCGGGACGACGAGCAGGAAAGUCGCGGACGGCGGGGCCGCGAUGCGGCCAAUGGUCCGCGCGGCGGGCGCGCCCCGAGCAUGCUCAGCAGCACGACGCUGCACGAGGAGGCCGUCACGCCGCGCGACGAUCUGCGCCAGACGCUCGACGUGCUCGCUGCAUCGCUGCGUCCGCUGACGCGGAGUAGCGACAUGCCUCUGCGGCAGGGCAGCGCGAGCUCAGGCUCGUCGGCGGCAGCCUCUCCCGGCGAAGCGCACAGCUCGGAGCCUUCGCCCGCGCUCUCCGCGGGUGGUGUGUCGAGCGCCAGUCCGUCUCCCGCCCCCUCUCCAGGAGACACGCCCAGCUCGGAGGCUUCGUCGAACGCCGGUCGAUCUAGCGACGGCGCCUAUCAGCAGGUGCGCACGCUGCUCGCCGGGCUGUCUCAGCGCCUCGCUGCAGCGGAGCAGAGCGGCGCCUCUGCGCUGGAGGACAUGAUCUCGCCCGUCGUCUUUGCGCUCUUCUCGUCGCUCUCGCCGGCGCUCGGACUCGAGGACCGCGAAGUUGCCGAUCUGCCGCGUGUGUCGUCUGCCGUGGCGGAAGACACGACGCUCAGCGGCCUCGCGAGCAGCGCGCUGCAAGUGGUGGCGCGCCACGCCAGCCCUCGCGAGCUGUACAUUGCCGCACAGGAGCGUCUAGAGAUGCUGGCGGACCAGAGCCGGCGCGAUGGGGGUGCAGUCGCCCGUGGCGGCAUUUGGUGUGCUGCGCUAGAGGUUGCCGGGAUCGUUUCGUUCCUCGCCGCCGUCAUCCCGCGCAUCCGCACGCAGAAGCCGCACAACUUUGUCGACCCGCUGCUCUCGCUGCUGCCGCGCGUGCUGCGCAGCACCGUGGCAGACACGGGCUCUGGCGGCACGACGCGCACCGAGGCAGCCGUCGCCAUCAUGACGGCCGUCUGCCGGCUCACGUCGCAAGCGGCGCAGUGGGAGAAGACGGCGCUGGGCAGCGGCAAGGCCGGCGAUGCUGCCACGCCGCAGAAGAGCCCGUCGGACAGCCUGCUCGCGCUGCUGUUCACCUGCCUCAUUCUCCUCGCCGACGAUCUGCCGACGCACGACCACGCAGCGCCGCAGCACACGCUCGCCGAGCUGCACUUCCGCGCCGCGCAGCCGCAAUUUGUGCUGCCCGGCGACGCUCCUCGCGUGUCCGACGAGCUGCGCGUGCAGUCGGGCAGCGCGCGCAUCAACGCCGCCGAGGUGUGGACUGCGCUCGAAGAGGCGCGCCGCACGCUGGAGCUCGACCUCGAGGUGCUUGCCUUUGCAAAGCAGCCGCCUACGCUCGACGCCGCCGAGGACGACCGCCGCAGCUCGACGGUCAGCCUUGGCGCAUACCUGCUGCUCGUCCAGCUCGAGGCGCGCGCACCACGCGCGCCGUGCGCAGCCGAGCAAGCAGAGCUGCGCCUUCGCGAGUCGCUGCCGCUCGUGCACGCAUGCCUUGGCACUGGCGCCUCGGGUGCUGUCGCCGGUCCUUCCAAGACUGGCUCGCCCGAGCUCUCGCCGAGCGCGGCGCGGCCCGUCUCGCUCCUCGCCGACUCUGCGCAGCUGUGGCUGAUGUGGUGCCUCGAGGCGCUCGACGGGCGGCAGCUCGGCGACGAGCUGCUGCUGCCGCUCGUGCACGCCGUCUCGGCACACGCCGCGCUCAGCCCGCGCCCCACUGCGCGCCACAUCAGCUUCCGUCUGCUGCGCCGGCUCAUCGCCAGCGCGCCCUCGGACGCUGGACUGGACCUCGUACGCGACCUCGUCGGCGAGUCGCCGUAUCCCCAGCUGCGCGUCGCGGUGCUCGGUCUCGUCCGCGAGCUCGCCGAGGAGCAUCUCGAUGGGAAGGCAAGUGCGGGCGGCUCUGAUCUCGCUCCCGGCGAGGCACCCAAGCCGCACGCAUUCGCCUCGCCUCGACUGCUCGCCGCGCUCCAGCCGAUCGUCUUUGUCCUGCCCGACGCCGAGCACGCCGGAGCGCAGCCGCCCGCUGCGUACCUCUCUGACCACGCCGCGUGGCUCAUCGAGGCGUGCAACCUGCUCUACUUUUUGCUCCUGCGCGACGCCGCAAACCAGACGUCCAUCCGCAGCCCCGACGUCGCUUCGGCCGUCGCCGCAUCCCUUGUCGCGCCACUCCGCACUCUUCUCGCCGGCGCCGGCGAGCCUGCCGAGCCCGCCGUCGCCACGCAGAUCCACUGUGUGCAGCUUGCUCUCGAGCGGGUCGAGCGUGCACUGUAA